UUACUUUUGACCCAUAUUUCAUUUGUUUGUCUCAAUGUCCCUCAUGAAAGUUGAACCAGACGGGUCUGCAGAACAAUUUUUGCUGAGAAGGCAAAAGAAAUUCUCGCCCAAAUUGUGGAGAAGGGAGUCGAACCAAUUAAACCCAAAGCUAAAACUGUAAUAGAAAAGAACUUUCAAACUCGCAAUGAACAGGAUAUGCCUGGAUUUGUCUCGUCACAGCCACUAGCCACGCCUCCACUCGUGCAGUGCGCCUGCGAGCCGAGCAGAAACCAAUGGCCCAUCGUAGUGAAUUUCUCGGGUAAAGUGACAUUCUGCGCUUUUGAAUGCUCCCUUCGUCCAGCCGCCGACCCCUCGCCCCAAUUUCCAUUUUAAAUGAAAGUCUCCCACUUUCUAGCUGAGACAGACAAAAAUAAAACUCGGGCAAAACUAAUCGGAGAGAGGCAGUUCACUGUCACUUCCUGGGUCACUUCCAGAAGUCACUUCCGGGGUCGAAGCGAGGCCAACAAUACGCCUGCUACCGCAGGAGUUACGAGCUGGGCCGCGCGCAGCCUGAAUGCCUAAACCAGGUUUUGCGCAUGCUCAUAUAAAGCUCUCCUAACCCGUCUUCCGGUGGGAAUUCCUUCACGUGGUCCGGAGUCGGAGACUGAGUUUAGCUUUACUGAGGAGCUCUAAUUUUAAGCGGGUAUGAGUGAUUUCAGUGAAGAAUUAAAAGGGCCUGUGACAGAUGAUGAAGUGGAAACAUCUGUGCUCACUGGGGCAGGAAUGCAUUUUCCUUGGCUUCAAACAUACAUAGAAACUGUGGCCAUUGGAGGGAAAAGGAAGAAGGAUUUUGCUCAGACAACAAGUGCUUGUUUAAGUUUUAUCCAAGAAGCUCUGCUGAAGCACCAAUGGCAGCAAGCUGCAGAAUACAUGUACAGUUAUUUUCAGACCUUGGAAGAUUCAGAUAGCUACAAAAGGCAGGCUGCACCUGAGAUUAUUUGGAAGCUUGGAAGUGAAAUUCUAUUUUAUCAUCCCAAAAGCAACAUGGAGACUUUCAAUACUUUUGCUGACCGGAUGAAAAAUAUUGGCGUCAUGAAUUAUUUAAAGAUCUCCUUACAACAUGCAUUAUACCUUCUGCAUCACGGAAUGCUUAAAGAUGCUAAGAGAAAUCUGAGUGAGGCAGAGACAUGGAGACAUGGUGAAAACACGUCUUCCCGGGGAAUAUUAAUCAACCUUAUUCAGGCCUAUAAAGGGCUUUUACAGUAUUACACCUGGUCUAAAAAGAAGAUGGAAUUGUCAAAGCUUGAUAAGGAUGAUUAUGCUUACAACGCAGUAGCCCAGGAUGUGUUCAACCACAGCUGGAAGACAUCUGCAAAUAUUUCUGCAUUGAUUAAAAUUCCUGGAGUUUGGGACCCUUUUGUGAAGAGUUAUGUAGAAAUGCUGGAAUUCUAUGGGGAUCGAGAUGGAGCCCAAGAGGUACUCACCAAUUAUGCAUACGAUGAAAAGUUUCCAUCAAAUCCAAAUGCCCAUAUCUACUUAUACAACUUUCUAAAGAGACAGAAGGCACCAAGAUCAAAAAUGAUAAGUGUGCUUAAGAUUUUGUAUCAGAUUGUACCAUCUCAUAAAUUGAUGUUGGAAUUCCAUACAUUACUUAGAAAAUCAGAAAAAGAAGAACACCGUAAACUGGGGUUGGAGGUAUUAUUUGGAGUCUUAGAUUUUGCCGGAUGCACUAAGAAUAUAACUGCUUGGAAAUACUUGGCAAAAUAUCUGAAAAAGACCUUAAUGGGAAACCACCUUGUGUGGGUUCAAGACGAGUGGAACUCCAGGAAAAACUGGUGGCCAAGCUUUCAUUUCAGCUACUUUUGGGCAAAAAGUGAUUGGAAGGAAGAUACAGCUUUGGCCUGUGAGAAAGCUUUUGUGGCUGGAUUACUGUUAGGAAAAGGUUGUAGAUAUUUUCGGUAUAUUUUAAAGCAAGAUCACCAAAUCUUAGGGAAGAAAAUUAAGCGGAUGAAGAGAUCUGUGAAAAAAUACAGUAUUGUAAAUCCAAGACUCUGAUACUGAAUUUUAGUUAUUUCACAGUAGUAGCUACACAUGCAGUCGGUGUUGACUACAUGCAGAGCACUGAGCCAGGUGGAGUGAGACAAAGCAGCAAAAGUAAGAACCCAGGUCUGCUCAUUUCUGCCUGCCAGCAUCAUUUCACAAAGCCUCUGACCCUGUGACGACAUGCAACUCUCUGGAAAGAUGCCUUGAAGACAAAACAGCAUAAAGCAGAGGGCAACCCCAGGUCUCUUGCCUGAGUCACUACAUUCCUUAAGUGACCCCAGUCCUUGCCUUUUCCUACACAUGAGAUAAAGUCUGAUGGGAUUAGUGAUUAUGCUUCUGUAAUCCAUAACCAGAUGUACUCUUACACCUAAACCUUGAUGAGAUGCUGCUUGAAUGUAACUUUUGAGCAAGUUUGAUGUGUUUUGCUCUAUAUGAACCCUACCACCUGUAUAUAAGCAGUGAGCUGAAAUACUGUGCUGGAACAGUCUGACAGGACUGCUUGCUUAUAUGGUUACUACUUAUAACCAUUCAUCACUACUACUUUAAGACACUUUAGCAAUAACUAAAUAAAGAUAAUUUAAAGUCUUGUUUUCUCCUUGAAACCUCUGAAUGUAUAGAUUUAGGAUGUACAACCUGAUGUUUUGAUACGCAUUCUGAAAUGAUCACUACAGUCAAGCUAAUUAAUAUCUUCAUUAUCUCUACAUAAUUACCAUUGUGUAUGAAUUGUAUGUGUAUGUGUGAUGAGAAGAUUUAAGAUCUUCUUAACAAAUUAUAAGUAUGUAAUACAGUACUGAGCUGUCAUCACCGUGCUGUACGUUGGAUCUCCAGAAAUCAUCUUGUAUCACUGAAACUUUGUACCAUUUGACCAAUAUCACUCCAUUUCCCCCUUCCCUCAGCCCCUGACAACCAUCUUACCCUCUGCUUCUCUGAAUUUGACUCAGAUUUCACAUACAAGUGAGAUGAUCAUGCAGUAUUUCUCUUUCUGUGGUCUUGCCUAUUUUAAUUUUGCUCGGCAUAAUGUCCUCCAUGAUCCGAAUGGCAGAAUUUCUUCCUUUGAUAAGGCUGAGCAAUAUUUAAUUGUAUUUUUAUAAACCCUAUCUUUAUUCAUCUGCCAAAGGACAUUGAGUAAUGCUGCAAUGAACAUAGGAGUGCAGAUAUCUCUCUGCAAUCUUGAUUUCAAUUCCUUUGGGUAUAUACCCAGAAUUUUCUAUUUUCAAUUUUUUUGGGGGAACCUCCAUAUUGUUUUCCAUAAUUUACAUCCCUACCAGCAGCGUACAAGCACUUCCUCUUUUCAUCCUCACUAGCGCCUAUCUUUGACCUUUGAUACUAUUCAUUCUACCAGAUGUGAGGCUGUAUCUCCUGGUUUGAUUAGCAUUUCCGUCGUGACUGGAGAUGUUGAGCACUUACUCAUAUACCUGUUAGCUAUUCAAAUUUCUUUUGAGAAGUGUCUAUGUAGGUCCUUUGCCCAUUUUUAAAAUUGAAUUAUAUUUUUGUUAUUGAGUUAUAUGAGUUCUUUAUGUAUUUUGGAUUAUUCGCCCCUAGCUGAUUAAUUAUAUGGAAUGUGAAUUACAUCUCUGUAAAGCUGUCAACACCCCAUUCCCUUCCUACCUCCCCUCAUAGAAAGAAAUAAAAAUGUUCUAUGGAGUCAGAAA